GGGUAGAAGUUCAGAUAUCAUUUUGAAAAUUUUCCAAAAUUAGGGCAAAGAGAGCCUCUCUAUUUUCUCCCAUCUCCUCCUCCUCCUCCUCCUCCUCCUCCUCCCUCCCACAACGUCCAAACACAGCCUUACACCCCUCUCCUUCUCUGUAGAACCUACGAAAUACAACAGUUACCUGUAAACUCCGUCGCAGAGAGAGAGAGAGAGAGAGAGAGAGAGAGCAAUUCCAGUGAAUGGGGAGAUGGAGAGCUUUCCUCACCCUCUCAAACAUCGCCAGAUUCCACAAACUCUCGUCUAACCCUAACAAUAACUCCUCCCCUCGUCACCUCAAUCCUCUCGCUCUCUGGCUCGCUCCCAACUCCGCCAGAACCCAAUGCUUUUCUAGUUCCAGGGGAUUUUCCGCUGCGGCCCCAUCUCCGUCCCCCUUCUACACUGAUGAAGAAGAACUAGAUUAUCGCGGGGCCUAUGAUUUCGGUGACAACCAUCACGAAGAAGAUGCGGAGGCCGGAAAGAUCCCUAUCAAAUCUUAUUUUCUUUGCACCAGUAUUAAUUUGAAGAGCAUGCACGCUGAGAAUUCAAGAAAUGUUAUUCUUCCUACCUCUCGCUCAUCAAAUUAUAUUGCCCUCAGAUUCUGCAAUUUCCCUUCAGAUGCUACUGGCAUUAGAGUUGAAGAGAACGGGAGCUGCUGCCGGUAUAUGGUUGUUUUCCAGUAUGGGUCUGCUGUCUUGUUUAAUGUUGAGGAUCCUGAAGUUGAAUCUUAUUUGGGUAUUGUGAGAAGACAUGCUUCUGGAUUACUUCCAGAGAUGAGGAAGGAUGAUUAUGCAGUAAAAGAGAAGCCAUUGUUGGGUGAGGAUAUGCAGGGAGGACCUGAUUAUAUUGUUCUGAAAAAUCUGGACGCCGAUAGUAUCCGCAUAAUUGGAAGUGUGCUCGGGCAGAGUAUCGCUCUGGAUUAUUUUGUAUCACAGGUUGAUGGUAUUGUCGAAGAAUUUACAGAUAUAAACCGUGGAAUGGAAAAAACUGGUACUUUUACAAUGCAGAGGAAGAAGCUUUUUCAGCUUGUGGGAAAGGCAAAUUCAAGUCUGGCUGAUGUGAUUCUCAAAGUUGGUCUUUUCGACAGGUCAGAAAUUGCUUGGAGAGAUGCGAAGUAUGCUCAAAUAUUUGAGUAUCUUCGAGAUGAGUAUGAGGUCACGCAACGAUUUGGCAACCUUGAUUUUAAAUUAAAAUUUGUGGAGCACAACAUUCACUUCCUUCAAGAAGCCCUACAAAACAGAAAGUCGGAUCUCCUGGAAUGGUGCAUCAUAUUCUUAUUGAGUAUAGAGAAUGUUAUCUCUGUGUAUGAGAUUAUUCACGAAUCACCUGUGGUUUCAACGUGAUCAGAAGGUACACAAUUUUCUUUUUGACAUUCAAUUGAAAUUACUGUAUCAAUCUCCAGCCAUACAGUUCGAGCAAAGCAAUAUCUAGUUUUGUAUUCAGUCACCUUGGUAUAAUGGCAAUAGUUCUCCCUUAUUUGAUUC